CUCGUCAGUGUCGUUCAUUCAAUGCGCAUGGCAACUUUCUUUGACCGCUAGUGCGCAUGCGUUACUUGUGUCAAGCGGUGACGCUCUCUCCGGCAUAACCCUACUUUUGAUUUAUCGAAAAAAUAUUUUAAUAAUACACAAAAAUGGCCGUGUCCGUGUUACAAUUAGCUGGUUUAGCGUGUAUUGCGUAUUUAGUGUUGAAAAUAGUGAGAAGUGUUUUGAAAACAUUGUAUACUUAUGCUAUCGGACCUGCUUUGUUUAAAUUGGAUUUCAAAUCGAAAGGGAAAUGGGCUCUGGUGACUGGAUGCACCGACGGCAUCGGCAAGGAGUACGCAAGACAGUUGGCCGCUCGUGGAUGCGACAUUGUUCUAGUCAGCCGUUCAAUUGAUAAACUGAAGGCAACAGCGCAGGAAAUAGAAAAAGAAUUCAACGUAUCUACAAAGAUCAUUCAGGUGGACUUUUGUGGCGGUGAUGAGAUCUACUCGACCAUUGAGAAAGAGAUAGCCGGCCUGGAGAUCGGUACACUCGUGAACAAUGUCGGCGUGUCCUACUCUUAUCCUGAAUACUUCCUUGAUAUACCUGAUGGUGACAAUCUCAUCCAAACCCUACUGAAAGCCAACGUGGUAUCAGUGACUCGUAUGACCAGGCUGGUGCUCCCACAAAUGGUGCAGAGGAAGAAGGGAGUUCUCAUCAAUAUUGGAUCCUUGUCGACUGAUAUACCCUGCCCCAUGCUUAGCGUUUAUGCAGCUACAAAGGCGUACGUCGACAAAUUCACCGAAGGCCUCGAAAUGGAGUAUGGCAAGAAAGGCAUCAUUAUCCAAUGCGUUUUACCCGGUUUUGUCUGCUCUAAUAUGUCUGGUAUCCGCAAGAGCACACUUCUAGCUCCUUCUGCUAAAGUCUUCGUGAACUCUGCCAUUGAUCUCGUCGGCAUCGCCAGGAAGACUACUGGCUACUUCCCUCACGUCAUUUUCGGCAAUGUUCUAAUGUCCAUCCAGGGCAUGUGCUAUAGUUUCUGCGUCUGGUUGGUCACCAGGUCCAUGGAAAACAGCCGUCUGAAGAGCCUUAAGAAGUACAAGAAACAGAAAGGAAAAAUGGAAGCGUGAUAAUUUUUCAAGUGUUACUGUAACACAUAUUUUGUUCAAUUUUGAUAAGUACAAAGAUUAAUUUUAUUUUUUCAACCUAUUUAUUUUAAUAAACGUUUGUUACCAAAUCACGUACUUCAUUUUGACAGCGUUCAGUAAAUAGUUUGCACUACUAAACCAGAGAGAAGAGAGAGAUCAGCUGUCAAACUAUUUCUUCGUUUUAACACGUUUUAAGCCCGCAACAAUGUCGAAAUCCGAUGUGUCGUUCAUAAAAUAGUCAAACCAAAGAAAUCUUUAUGUUUACAAAAACAGUACAAACAAAAUUAAAAUCCUAUGAAAAUGGUAGGGUACUACGGUACUAUGUUUUGCGCCAGGGGCUAAACUAUGGCUAGAAAACAUAGUGACUGCGGACUAAGUUUUAACCUUAAUCAGCUUCUGAUGGUAAUCGGUUCUGUUGUGAUCCUAGCGCUACUCUUCUUGGUCGUCUGUCACAUAACAAGUGGAAGGUGAAGAAAUGGGGAAAAAUAAAGGCUGCUACACUGUCGAUGUACUGCAAGUGCUCUUAAUUGCUUUCGCAUUCGUUACACUACUGAUUGUCAUGAGUUGGAUGUGCAAAUAUUUUCAAGGCACCUAAGUUCUUAGUGCAGAAGUGGAGUGUGCAAAUCUUCAACAUGGCUUGCGGCCCACAAGUUAACUUGAACAACUUGCUGACAGUGGUCGGCUCACUAGUUGUUUUAGUAUUUUUAUUCAUUUUCAUAUGCAGUAUCUUUAGCAAUAAGUGCUCGUGUUAAUCAUGAAGGACACGUGUAAAUAUUAUCAAAAGCUUGAUUUGGAGCAAAUUAUAAUUGUAGCCUUUGCGUUUGUUAUGUGGCUCAUUGUAAUGAGAUUUAUGUGCAAGUACUUGGAGAGUCUACCACCGUAAAUUUUGACGUCACCAAGCAAGAUUCGAAUUCAAGCAAGAAUUUAAGCUAUUAAUAAAAGUAUUAUCAGGAAUGAAAUGUAAACAAUGUGAACAAAUUGUGACAAUAUCUCAUCGAGUGACGUUAGUAAAUGCAAGCAAGACUCGGCUUCAGCAUAGAAUUGACCAGUAGCUAAUCGUGCAAACAAGAAAAUGCUACAAACAAGAAUACAACUGUAAACAAGAACAUCGUUUACUGUGAAAAUGGGCGUAACUAUGAUCAC